AUGCGAAAGCUAGCACCUACUGGAAUUGCAGCCGCUGAAAUUGGUGGUAUGACUAUCCAUUCAUUCUUAGGUGAACAACGCAAUUCUGGAAAGCCACGAACUAUUAAACCAGGNCCGAGUGUGUUUUUACUUUUUCGUAAUCAACUCUUCUAUAUAGCCCUCCUCUCAGGCGCGGAUGAAAUGUUUUCUUCAUUUCUGUCACAUCCCUGCCCCGUCACCCCGCCUCCAGCCAACCUCGCGGCUCAGCAUUCCUCCAAAAUCAUGUUUUACGAAUCGAGGGAAUAUCGAGAUAGUGGUCGUCUUUCAUCAACAACAUUAUUUAUCAGUGGUGAUGUAGCUAAUCUAUAUACAAUGAUACCUCGAGAUGGAGCAAUACUUGCUUUACAGAAAUUCUUAAAUAAAUAUACUCAAAAUCACCGAAUUACUGGAAUGACAAUUGAUACUAUAACAAAACUGGCUCGUUUAGUUUUGGAUACAAAUUGUUUUGUAUUUGAAGAUAAAUAUUAUUUACAAAUUCGUGGUGAAGCUAUGGGAUCACCAUUUACAAUGACAUUAGCAAAUAUCUAUAUGUUUGAAUGGGAACAAUCAUUAAUUGAAUAUCAAAAGGCACACAAUGAAAUCUAUGACCGAUAUAUUGAUGAUUUCUUUAUGAAGACGAAUUCGUUAUCUGAUCUUAAAGUUCAAUUAAAUAUUAUCGAGACAAAAGAUGCAAAUACUCGAAUUACUACAACAACUAGUUCAAAAAUAGAAUUUCUUGAUGUACUAGUUGAAAAUAAUCAUGGACAACUAAGAACUUCAGUAUUUCAUAAACCAACAGCUGAACCCUAUAUUAUACCAGUUUUAUCAGAUCAUCCACGUCAUGUUCAUCGUAAUACAAUCAAGGGACAAUUAAUUCGAGCAGCACGUCUCUGUUCUCAUCUCGAAGAUUUUAACAAAGAAAGAUUGAAUAUUGAAUUUACUUUACUAUUAAAUGGCUAUCCAUCAAGAUUCAUUUCUUAUCAUUUUAAAAAAUUCUUUCAACAAAAUAAUAUUUCACUCUUAAUGGAAGAACCAGAUCAAACCAUAUAUCAAAGUUUUCACCGACAUCUAAUAAAUAAACCAACACGAAGAGAACAUCAAAUGCAACAACGACCAUCAAAUAUAAAUCAAUGUCAAUAUACAAAUAAGAAAGCGAUUCGUGUACAUUAUACUUUCGAAACGAGUCCAAUUUUGAAGUUCAGCGAUGAAUUACGAAGUCUACGGAAACAACACUACCAAGAUAAUCAUCCACUUAUGAAACAUGUCGCUUUACAUAUAGGUACAACCUCCAAUAGAAAUCUAAAUCAAUUAUUGGUCAAAAAGAAACCGCCUCAAGCAAAGUUAAUCCAAGUUUCACGCAAUACCGCAACAACAGCACAGGAUUAA